AUGAACAAAGGAAAAUCAACAGCAAACACAUCUACAGUUCCAGAAGGUCGUCGACGUAUCAAUAUUCAACAGAUGCAAAAUGUUCUUCUAAUCUGGUUAGACAGUAACAUUGACGAAAAAAAUAAUGAUUGUCAAACUACAAUCACAAAAUUACGAAGUACUGUUAACGACAUCAAUACAUUUACAGAUGCUGAUCAAUGCUUCGAGUUCAUUGAAACAAUCGUCGACAAAACGGCUUUUAUGAUCAUAUCUGGAUUAAUUGGACAACAUAUUGUGCCUUGUGUGCAUAAUAUGUCUCUAGUUGAUUCAAUUUUUAUUCAUUGUGACAACCAAAAACAUCAUGAACAAUGGACUAAAGAUUGGCCCAAAAUAAAGGGUGUCUUCACAGAUAUUACACCCAUCUGUGAAGCACUCAAGAAAGCUGCUCAUCAAUGUGAACAGAAUGCCAUUCCUAUGAGCUUCGUGGGAGCAAAUAAAAAGUUGGAUCAAUUAGAUCCUUCUUUUAUGUACACCCAAAUUAUCAAAGAGAUUAUAUUGACCAUCAAAUUCGAGCGGAAGCACAUCCAAGAUUAUAUUAAUCAUUGUCGAGAUGCUCUUACAGAUAAUAAAAAAGAACUUAAAAAUAUCGAACAAUUGGAAGGCGAAUACUACAACAAAACACCGAUUUAUUGGUACACCUGUGACAUGUUCUUGUAUCCCAUGCUCAAUCGUGCAUUACGAUUGAUGAAUGGUGAUAUCAUCACAUGUAUGGGUUUCUUCAUUGGUGAUUUACAUCGACACAUUGAACAACUGCACAAGGAACAAUAUGCUGAUACAACUGCUGCUAACACCUUCAUCGUUUAUCGUGGUCAAGGUUUAUCUUCAGAGGAUUUUGAAAAAAUGAGCAAAACUAAAGGCGGGCUCAUUUCAUUCAAUAACUUCUUAUCUACCAGUAAAGAUCGUGAACUCUCCUAUGCUUUUGCUGAAAGCAAUCAGGCCAAUCCGGAUUUAUUUGGAAUUCUUUUCGUUAUGAAAGUAGAUCCAUCUCAAUCAACAUCUCCAUUUGCUUCUAUUGCUGGUGUUAGCAAGUUUCAAGAAGAAGAGGAAGUCUUAUUUUCGAUGCAUAGCGUUUUUCGUAUACAGGAUAUUAAACAGAUGGGUGAAAAUAAUCGUUUAUAUGAAAUUAAUUUGGUACUGACUGCUGACAACGAUCCAGAAUUAAGCAGACUUACGGACUACAUUGCACAAGAGAGUUAUCCAGACAGUGAAGGAUGGUACAGAUUGGGUUUGGUAUUACGUAAAAUGGGUCAAUUUGACAAAGCUAAAGAUAUUUAUCAAGUUUUACUUGAUCAAAUCGAAGAUGAUAAAGACAAGGCAGAUAUUUAUGUCCAUCUUGGUGCAGUCAAUUAUAAUCAAGGAAAAUAUGAAGAAGCACUUACAUUCUAUGAAAAAUCACUUCCUAUCUAUCAAAAAACUCUUCCUCCCAAUCAUCUUAAUUUGGCUAUUACCUACAGCAACAUUGGUUUAGUGCAUACAAACAUGGGUAAUUAUGUGAAAGCACUUUCAUCGAAUGAAAAAGCCCUUGAAAUCAAACAACAAUCACUUCCUCCCAAUCAUCCUAAUUUGGCUAUGACCUACAACAACAUUGGUAAUGUGCAUUUCAGCAUGGGUGACUAUUCAAAAGCACUUUCAAGUAAUGAAAAAGCCCUUAAAAUUCGACAACAAUCACUUCCUCUCAAUCAUCCUGAUCUGGCUACUUCCUACAAUAACAUUGGUUCAACGCAUUUGAGCAUGGGUGACUAUCCUAAAGCACUUUCAACUCAUGAAAAAGCCCUUGAAAUUCAACAACAAUCACUUCCUCUCAAUCAUCCUGAGUUGGCUACUUCCUAUGGCAAUAUUGGUUUAGUACAUCGCAAUAUGGGUAAUUAUCCAAAAGCACUUUCAUUUCAUGAAAAAGCCCUUGAAAUCAAACAACAAUCACUUCCUCCCAAUCAUCCUGACUUGGCUAUGUCCUUUGGAUACGUGAGUGAUGUGUACAACAUGAUGGGUCAACAUUCAAAAGCGCUUUCAUUCGUUCAACGUGCUGUAGAUAUUGCACAACAAUCACUACCAUCAAACCACUCGCACCUUCAAUUGUAUAGAAGCCAACUGGAAGUUGUGAAAAAGAAAUUAUAG